ACCGUGGACAGCUCCAAGGCUCGCACCUCCCUGGACGCGCUGAAGAUCAGCCUUCGCCAGCUCAGGUGGAAGGAGUUCCCAUUUGGCCGGCGCUUGCCUUGUGACAUCUACUGGCACGGAGUUUCAUUUCACGACAAUGACAUACUCUCCGGUCAAGUGAACAAAUUCCCAGGCAUGACGGAGAUGGUGCGUAAAAUCACUCUGAGCAGAGCGCUGAGAAUCAUGCAGAACCUGUUUCCAGAGGAGUACAACUUCUACCCUCGCUCGUGGAUUCUGCCUGAGGAGUUCCAGCUCUUUGUCGCUCAGGUCCGGAUGGUGAAAGAUGGUGACCCGUCCUGGAAGCCCACUUUUAUUGUGAAACCGGAUGGUGGUUGUCAGGGUGAUGGAAUCUACCUCAUUAAAGAUCCCAAUGACAUCCGCCUGACUGGGACCCUGCAGAGCAGGCCAGCAGUAGUCCAGGAGUACAUUUAUAAGCCUCUCCUUAUUGACAAGCUCAAGUUCGACAUCCGUCUGUACGUCUUGCUGAAGUCAUUGGACCCCUUAGAGAUUUAUAUAGCCAAAGAUGGACUCUCUAGAUUUUGUACAGAGCCAUAUCAAGAGCCGAACCCCCAGAAUCUGCACCAUGUCUUCAUGCACUUGACCAACUACUCGCUGAACAUCCACAGUGGCAAGUUCAUCCACUCUGACAGCGCCAGCACAGGCAGCAAGAGGACUUUUUCGAGCAUCCUCUGCAGACUCUCCUCCAAAGGUGUGGACAUCAAGAAGGUCUGGUCUGACAUCAUCUCCUUGGUGAUCAAGACGGUCAUCGCCCUGACCCCGGAGCUCAAAGUUUUCUACCAGUCAGACAUCCCUACAGGGAGGCCAGGGCCCACCUGCUUCCAGAUUUUAGGCUUUGACAUUCUUCUGAUGAAAAGCCUGAAACCUAUGCUACUUGAAGUGAAUGCAAACCCCAGCAUGCGAAUUGAGCAUGAAUACGAACUCUCUCCAGGGGUGUUUGAAAAUAUCCCCAGCCUGGUGGAUGAGGAGGUGAAGGUGGCCGUGAUCAGAGACACGCUGCGCCUCAUGGACCCUCUGAAGAAGAAAAAGGAGACACACUUUCCAGAUAUCUGUAUGGGCAGAAAACACAGAAUCCCUCCAGUUUCUGACAGAAUGUCUUCAUCGAAGUUUAAGGGGUCCUCGCUUUCCGUAGCCAGGUCUCAGCAUCCUGAAAAGCCUGUCACUGGGAAGGAAGAUCUGGACUGUGAGAUGACCGGUGACCCCGACUCCAACCCUGAAGCCCACCUGCCCUCGAUUUGCCUCAAACAGGUGUUCCCCAAGUAUGCCAAGCAGUUCAACUACCUGCGCCUGGUAGACAGGAUGGCUAAUUUGUUUAUCCGGUUCCUGGGAAUCAAGGGGACAAUGAAGUUGGGACCGACUGGCUUUCGGACCUUCAUAAGGAACUGCAAGCUGAGCAGCAGCAGCCUGUCCAUGGCUGCAGUGGACAUCCUCUACAUCGACAUCACAAGGAGGUGGAACUCUGUGACCCUGGACCAGCGGGACUCAGGGAUGUGUCUACAGGCAUUUGUGGAAGCUUUCUUCUUCCUGGCCCAGAGGAAGUUCAAGAUGUUGCCUCUGCAUGAGCAGGUGGCCUCCUUGAUUGACCUGUGUGAAUACCACCUGUCCCUGCUGGACGAAAAGCGCUUGCUGUGCGGCCGGCGCAGGCGCCCCCAAAGCAGUCCUCCCCAGGAGAUGAACGCCAGGACCCAGUCAGCGGCAGGCAGCCUCGCACCCCGUAUGAUCGGUGCUAACAAGCUGUCUCACUCUAGACACGCUCUGUCCUGAAGACCACCCUGCCCUCCUGGAAGAAGGUGUGCUCUUGGGGGCUCAGUACCCCGGGCUCCCCCAAUCUGUGGGGAGCCACUAGGGUUCCCGCUACAAUGGCCAGGAAUCCUCUGUGUUCUGCAGGGCUCUCGCCUCACAUGGCCAAUUCUUGCCCACCCUCCUCCCGGCACCUCGUGGUGACCCACCCUGCUUGUGAGUCAUCGGUGGAUAUAUGACAUCUGAGAUGUGACAGAUGGCACCUACUGUUCCAGGUUCCUGGGAAGCCCCAUCUGGGGCAAUUCUGCUGUGCUUGGGGCCACAGGGGAGCAGAGCAUGGGGAAAAGGAUAGACCGUCUCAAAGCAAGGAACUGUGGCUGCGAGGUCACACUUGGGGUCUGCUGGGGCCUCUGCGAGCCUGCCGGUCAGAGCUCAGGAUCUCAGCAGCUCUUUCCACCCACCUGUUCUCUGAGAGAAGCAGAACUAUCAAGAUGGUGGACACCCCAAUCAUGUGCUAUAUGGGUGUACUUAACAGAUUAACCUCACUUAUUUCAUUAACUUGCCUGUUGCAAUGUUUAAUUUAUUACUAUUUAAGAAAUAAUUAAGAAGUAAUGGGUUCUUCCGUCUUCCCGUCCAGCUUCCAGGGGACCCCAGCAAAGGUGGGGUGCUGACCCAAUGGCCAAGAGCCACUGUGUACCCACCCAGCACUGUGCUGUCAGCCCUGGGUGAGGGGAGGGUUCAGAGGGAGAAUGUAAGGCCCAGUUGAGAGGCAGGGCAAGCAGAAGUGUGUGGAGAGGUGUGGGGUUCUAGACCAGAGCAAUCAGUGUUCUCGAAUGCUCUGCUGUGGGCAUCCUUGUUGGCCAACCGGGAGCUGUACAGGGCUGUUAAACAGAGCUUUGACUUGACACUUUUUCUCAAAAUGAGUCUUCCCAAAGUGCUUGCCAGCACGGAGCAGAGAGGAAAUGGGUUCAAGAGGCAUGUGCAGCCACGUUGAGGUAAUAUAGAUAUGUCAGCAUUCAUGGUGAGAGAUGGCCUCUCUACGCCGCCUGUCAUUGUUGGUUCCAUGGUUACAGAGCUGCUCAGUCGGUUGCUCAUGACUUUGGGAGGCUUCAUGCCCUUGAGGAUUUGACUCUAGUGAUGGUCAGGGAAGCCCAUUACGGACAAGUUGGCCCCGCCCCAAUACUGUCAGAAUUUUGGGUCACUCUGUUCUGAGUGAACAGUAGGAGACUUCUGCCUCACUUCCAUUGUUCAGUGGCACUAAUAUCUAGACUCACUUUGGUGACCUCACCUUCUGCAAGGUGUGACUGAAAUGAAAGCUAUUCAGAUGGCCCCUUCCCCCUGCAUGGAAGGAGGAACACCAGAGAGCCCAGGCAGGCACAGCUGAGCAUGGCAUGCUCUGUGCCCAGCUGUGGCCUAAGUCCCUUCUGUAGAGGCCCCUUGAGAGGGCCCAGCCUGCAGACCGGGCUCAGCUUUUCAUCUGUUGGAGGCGGGGCUGCGGCCCACGAGCCUAGCCAAAAGGAGCCUCCAAGGACACAGGAUUCAGUGGAACUGUUGAAAUGCUGGUCCUACCAGAUGUCCACUCUGUCCGUCCCUCCGUCCGUCCCCCGUACCCCCCCACGGCAGAACAGGGCCUCCCGGAGCCUCUUGCUUCCACACACAAGCCUCCUGGCGGCGGGGGUGGGGCUGUGUGUUUCUCCUUAUAUUAUCCCAGGGAACUUUAUGUCUUCUUAGUUCAGACCUCAGCAAGUCUCUCCCAGAAACAGCCAUGCCUCUGCCCCCAUACCCCUCAGUCUCCCCCUGCCCCCCCAGCUUCUGGAAGGGAGCAAGAACACCAGGGAGCCUUCGAAUCCCUGCUGAAAGUGCCCCAGUCAAGGGCCUUUUGAUCAAGGCCCUCCUCUUCUUCCCUAGGAGCCACAAGCCCCCACAGUCCUGGACUGGACCUCUGGACUCCUAGCACUCUUAGAAUCUGUUGUCAUGAAAACAGUGGGCCAUUUCUUCACUGGCAGGAAGACCCUGGCAGGCCGCUGGUACCUCUACCUGGUCCAGUCAGAUCCCUCUAGCCAACAGAAACAACUUCCUCUUGAGGCUCAGCUCUAGAGCCCUGCUAUAGCUCACCCCACCCACCCCCUCCCCCUCCCAGGAUGAACAGCUUCUUCCAUGUAUGUCCAGGAACGCAGAAAGGCCCUCCACUGACACGCUUAACUGUGGGAACCCAGCUGUGACUUGAGGGAGAGGCCAGGUCAGCUGCUAAGACCCAGAGUGACAGGAACUGAGUAGCUGUAGGUGAGGAGACAUGUCCCCUCUCCACAUGCUGUGGAUGCUCUUACAAAUCACAGCUUUCUAAGCUUCACUGAGCUGAUUGGCUGAACAUCCCCAGAUUCCCAAUUGGCUGAUCCCCUCCCCAAGCAUGGUAGCUGUCCCAUGAGCCCAUGAGUGGACAAUGGCUUUGCGGAUCCUUGAGUCUCUCCAUGGACAGAUUCCAUGGGACCUUCAGCUCAGGUCCUAGGCCUAUUCCUGAGGGCCACCCCCUCCCCUUCAGCCCUGCCCUCCAAGGACUGCUAGGCCAGGCGGCCUUCAAGCUGCUCCUCAUGGGUAUCCACCCUGUCUCCCCAUCUAAUGCUACACCACACAUUCGGAGAAGACAGUCUGUGUGGAUGUGGCUACUCAGGAGUAGAGCUGGACAGGCAUUUGAAAAACAUUCCAUGCCUUUCUAGAUUAUUCUAGAGACCCCUUUUCUGUGUGAAUGAACAUGUUCUUGGUGCUUCACAGUUCAAAGGUUUCUUUUAAAUUUCUCUUCUCGUCUGAUCCUCCAAGCUACCCAGUGAAGGCAAGGACGUCACCAGUCCUUCUGACGCCCUCCACAGCCCAGCUGAGCAGACGUGGCAGCCCAUGUGGCGGGAAGCUGCAUGUGCCAUCAGAGCAUACCUGGGAAUCCUAGGGACUUGGGGCCCCCAAGGAAGACCCUGGGGCCACGGAGACUAUAAGGACUCCACCCAAAUAUGGGUGAUGUCUUCUCUCAGAAUCCUAGGAACGUUAGGAAAGAUGACGAAAAGUUUCCUUGAAUAAUGUUCAUGGAGAUGGAUGAAGCUGAAGUGAGACCUCCACCCCACCCCACCCCACCCCUCUCCCAGCUGCCUUUCAUCUGCACAUAUCUGAAGACAUUCACAGGCUGGAAAAAGGCCCUGCCGCUCCUCAGAUGUCUGGGGUUGGCCUCGUGAUUGACAGAGUACUACUCUAGAAUGGUGCAAACACCACACGCACACCUUCCUUCCUUGAUUAGGGUCCUUUAUUCCUCAGAGGUAAGUGAGAACUGGACUGGCUUUGGGUGCCUUCUCUUGAAGCUCGGGACUCAUGAGCUCUCAUGUGGGAGCUGUGUUCCCAGAGGCAGAGAGCUGUCCACACUCCAUGGGGGAAUUUCACCAGUGAGCAAUGUAGCCUGAAACCUACCUAGCCUCCAUUGAUAAUUGUGCCAUUCUCCCAUUUCAUUUGAUGAAUGUGAGUGAAAUUUUCCCACACUCUAUUUCUCACAAAAUAGUGCAAUCUGUUUUCUUGUUCCCAGAGACAAAGAAACUCUGCGGAAGGCUUCUCGGUUGCCUCCUCUCAUCACCAAAGUCUUGCUUUCAUUUUAACUAGAAAAAAACAUGCUGCCUCUAUUUACACAUGCAGACACACACACACACACACGCACACGCACACGCACACGCACACGCACACGCACGCACUGAGCCUCAGCAUAAAAGGAUAAAGUCACUAAUGUUUUCCUCAUUUCUGGCUUUUUGUUCCGAGUCUGAUCUGGAAAACGGAGGAACACAGGCUCUUUGUGGCCCUGUUCUCACAAAACCUGCUCACCCAGAAGCCCCUGGGAAACUUUUCCUCCACAAGAAGGGGAAGCAUUUGAACAGACUGUGCCCAGGGCCAUCACGACUCCCCCAGGCCUCAGCUGGGCUGCAGAGGUUUUUCCCUGUUUCACAUCAGAACGGAGAAGCCAAAGGAGGCCUGUCUCCUCCGGAGGACCGGGCUUUGGAAGUCUGCCGGGAGUGUGAACUUGCUUGGUCUGGCGCACGGUUGGUGAGUGGCCAUGGACCAGUGACGACGUUCCGCCCUCACACCCAUCCCUCUUCUGUGCAGCAGAGAUCGUGUCAAAGUGGACCCAAGGAGCCUGGCAUGAGGCGUGGCACCUGGGAAGUGUCUUCACAAACGUCUGCUGAGGAAGGCAUGGUCUCCAUAUGCUGAGAGCCACAGAUGCCGGGAAACACUGCCCCAGGCCGUGAGCCCUGGCAGGGAGGCUCCUGGAAGUCUGCUGAGACCCCCCCCCCUCCCGCCAUUCCCACCUCUUAAGCCUUUCAAAAUUCUUUAUUAAAUUUUCAUGGCGCAUGUACUCAAGGCUCUGUUACAGCCUCAGUUGUCUUGGUAACUUCGUAAAAUGCAAUAAUAAAAUGAAGCCGAGGGUCGCUAACCACAGGCUUACUGUAUAAACAGCUAGGGUA